GAGCUGAAGGGUGAGAAACGAGCGACAUAUUUUAGACGUGAGAAGAAGAAUAGAAAUGCUGAAUAUUUAGACGAGAAAGUUACUGUGAAUGUUGGUUUCAUGAAAUACGAUGGCGUGGGUAUGAAAGGACAGAGAGGUAAAUCGUUGCCUCUAACCAUAACAAAGUCUAGUGAUAGGAAAGAACUUAUGGAUGCGGCCUUCGGUAAAUUAAAAGCUCACAACAUGGCGGAAAUUAAAUCUAUUGGAGACUAUGAACUUUUGUACCCCGAUGCAACAGUUGUCGAGAAGCUUCGAGAAUCUGACGAACCAUUUGUACUUCACAAGUAUAAGAAAGAGUAUGGGAAACCCUACAGUCGCAUUACAUUUUACCUAUCGUUGAAAACAGAUUUGAUCAACUAUAAACUUACUGCUUUGAAGAAAGCAAUUUAUAGUUCACCCUCGUGUGAGAGUCAAGGUGAGAGUGAUUCAGAAGGAAGUCAAUCCAAGAAAUUGAAGACAGAACCGAAACGUCGCAAACCAUCAAUGGUUAAGACCCAGAAACCAGUUAUUCAUGUUGUUGAUUCUAGUCCAGUUAGCACUUCAUCCAACACAGAGCUAGAGCAGACAGAGCCAAAACAGACUGAGCAAAUUGAGACGGAUGCUGCCAUUGCCUUGGCAUUGCAAAUGGAGAAUGUGGACAAUACUUAUGCUGCACUUUUCACGGUCGAUGAUCAACUAGAGGAACUGUCCACCAAUGAAGAGACAUUUUCUGAUGAUGCAGUAGAAAUGUCUACAUCUGGCAAGGAUGAUGCUCAAACUCCCACAAUUGAAGCAGUGGUAACAGAAUUAGCUCAGCAAGUAGAUUUUAGUAAUAUUACUAAGUUUAAUGUUGUCCGUACCCAUCUUUUUGACAAGGCAAAACGGGCCUUAAACCGUAAAAAAUUUGAUCCAUGCCAUAAAGUCUCUGUGAAGUUUAUGGAUGAU